CCAUCAAUUUAUGGUAUCGGCUUGGAUGCUCUUAAGGUUGGAGCGUUCGUCAUUCUUCAGUGUGGGCUUCGUAGACGUUUUGUUGAGGCUGAACCUAAACACACCCUUGGUUUGAAGCCUGCUGGUUUGAAGCCUGUGCUUAGUCUAAGAUUGUUGCUCUCGAGUCUUAUUUAACACCCCCCUAUAUUCGACUGUCUGGAUCAAAGAGGGAGAGCGUCCUUGGCCUUGUCGCGCAGAGACUUGUGAAAAUACGGGAUUCGGGGUUCCAGCCAUUAAGUCCGCCUCUCCUGUGCGGACUUUAUACCCUCGCGCCCAGCACUCCAAUCCGCCUAGAACUUUCACUUUGUUUCACCAAACCUGUCAUAUUUUUGAUACGUGAAACUCCAACUCCAAGAUGUCGUCCAUGGUUGAGCGCAUAAUUAAUGUUUAUAAUUGGUGGAAUGGCGUCAAUAAAAUCAAAGCAAGCCUGAAAGAAAAGAACCCAGACGCAAUCAAGUUCGGCGUCAUAUCAGCCGCGGCAAUUAAUUUCACCUCUUUUUUCGACCCGGUCCAGACCCACCAAGGCGUCGAGAUUGUAGCUAUUGCGGCAAGAUCGAGAGCAAAAGCAGAAGCACAAGUGGCGAAAUACAAGCUCACUGCAGCCAAAAUAUACGAUUCGUAUGAAGACAUCCUCCAAGAUCCCAAUGUCGAGGCCGUCUACAUUCCUCUUCCCAAUGGCCUUCAUCAUCAAUGGGCCAUUAAAGCAUUGAAGGCCGGCAAGCACGUCUUGAUCGAGAAGCCUAUUGGGUCCAAUGCUGCCGAAGCCAAAGAGAUUCAGGAUUGCGCCAAAGAAAAUGGCAAACUUGCUCUUGAAGCUUACCACUGGCGACUUCAUCCUGCCGCUCAUCGUGUCAAGGAGAUUAUUGAAAGCGGCAAAUAUGGCCACGUCACGGCUACGUCUUCGAAAAUGGUCGUUCCUCCCGGAGCGUUAGGCGCUGACGAUAUCCGCUUCAACUAUGCCCUGGGAGGCGGGGCUUCCAUGGAUCUUUGCUACGUCGUUUCGGCGUCUUUGUACUGGGCAUCCGCUCCCAAUGAUGUGAAAGGAGCCACCUUUGAGGUCUUGGAAGCGAAGCCUCAGGUCAAUAAGCUCGAUAAACGAAUUGACGAAGGCAUGGACGCAAGUUUUGUUAUCCGUAAUGCGGAUAGUACAAGACCACCAGUCAUGUGCACCACCAGUUGUAAACUGGUGCUGCCAAAGUUCUUGGGUUUUAUUCCACAGCUAUGGGACCUGACGCCGACAACGGUGGUGGAGCUAGAGCAAGCCAAAAUCGAGUUUACGGCUUAUGUUGGCCCGUAUAUUGGGCACAAGAUCAUCAUCACCGAGAAGAGCGGCAAGAAGACCACUGAAACUCUCUACAAAGAUGGACCCCUAUGGGGCAAGCGGGGAGAAUCUUGGUGGACAACGUAUAGAUAUCAACUUGAGGCGUUUGCGGAUCGUGUCAGGGCGGCUAAAAACCAGGAACCGUAUAAUGGACCUUGGGUUGAUAUGGAUGAAAGCGUGAAGCUUAUGGAGAUUAUCGAUGGUAUCUACAAGAAGGCAGGAAUGCCAGUGCGCGGAACAGAGUAGUGGGCUAUCGGGAGUACUCGUUGGCUGGCUGAGUCUUGUUUGCGUUCAAUGAUAACCCCACUCAGCGUUAUAUUGCUGUGCGAUAAGGAAAAGUGUAUUUCGAUAUAACUAUUUGUAUCUCCAAUUAUUGUUUAGUAUAUAUUUUAUGCCUGUAAUAGCAAAACACUCAUAUUUAUUUUGGUCU